AUGGCGCUUCCUCCAUUUUCCCGCGUCAACACAAUUGUGUCCAUUCAGGAUCCCGCCAGUUUUGUGGCAAGUUCAGCCGAAGGGCUACGGUCCAGCAAAGCUCUUCCGGGGGCCUCGCCGCAGACAAUAUUGUUCCUCUCCUGGGGAGAUGCGAAGUUUCGUUACAUCGAAAAGUACACCAGUCUGUAUGGUGAACUCUACCCUGAAGCCAAGAUCAUUAUCGUCGAAACAGGCAUGGCAGAUUUCUUCUGGAGGCCAGAGUCCACUCAGCGCAAGCUAGUAGAGCCAGUGGUGAAGAUGCUGAGUGAAUUGGACGAUGAUACCCUCCUUGUACAUGUGAUGUCGAACGCCGGGUCAACGCGAUGGGCCAAAAUCAACAAGAUGUAUCUUCAAUCAACUGGACGGACUCUGUCUAGCGCCGUAACGAUUCUGGACAGCGCCCCCGGGCGCGCGCAUUUCAAACAGACAUGGGCAUCUUUGGUACAAAGUUUGCCGCAUGCCCUUUUACCAAGGAUGGUUCUGGGAUUUAUCUUCGGCACUGUCUUGUGCAUAAUGCAUCUUGGAAUGCUUGUUCUUCCUGGACCCGAUGUAUAUGACUCUAUGAGAGCUCAGAUGAACGACACUGCUGCAGCAGUGAAAGGGACCCGAAGAUGCUAUAUCUAUUCUGAGAAAGAUGAAAUCAUUGGAUGGGAAGACGUGGAGGAGCAUGCCAAGGAUGCCCAGCGGAAAGGCUGGUCAGUGGAGCAAGUCAAGUUCCAGGGGAGCACACACGUUGGGCAUCUAAAGCAAGACCCAGAUAUGUAUCGGCAAGCAAUUAUGAGGACAUGGCUUGGAAGUUCAAAAUUGUGA